CUCUACGCAUCAUCAUCGAACAAAGCAUGGAAUGGCAAUCAAACCUCUACCUCAACUUUAUAGACUUUGAGAAGGCCUUCGACAGCGUUGAUCGUGAAGUAAUUUGGAAACUACUCGAGUACUACGGCGUACCCCAAAUAUUCAUCAACCUUAUUCAACAGCUGUACGACAACGGCACAUGUCCAGUGAUCCACAACGGAAGACUCAGCGAGGCGUUUGGAGUAAACACAGGAGUCAGACAAGGGUGCUUAUUACCACCAAUGAAUGAUAUUCCUAAUUAUGGUGAUCUGGAUUAUGCGUCAGACAGUGGGAAACGAGCAGUCAGGGAUAUCCUGGACUGACGUGAAGAACAUAGAAGACCUGGAUUUCGCGGAUCAUUUAUGUUUGAUGUCACACAAAAUCGAAGACUUACAAGUGAAAACCGACAAACUGGUCGAAGAAGCAGCCGGUGAAGACAGGACUCCAGGUGAACAUAGACAAGACGGAGGUUAUGAAAAUAACCAACCAACAACAACAACAACAUCCAGCGUCAAUCACCAUCAACGGGAGGGAUUUGAAAGAGGUUACUUCAUUCACUUAUCUAGGGAGCAUUGUCUCAACGACAGGAGGAACGGACGAGGAUGUCAAAUCGAGAAUCGGGAAGGCAAGAAACAAAUUCAUCAACUUGAAACCAAUCUGGAAAUCUUCGUCACUCAGCAUCACCAACAAAAUUCGGAUUUUCAAUACAAACGUCAAGUCAGUCAGUUCUUCUAUACGGAUCAGAAACUUGGCGGGCGAGUCACAAAGAAUAUUUCCAACAGCCUGUUGCAGACCUUUAUCCACAACUGUCUUCGCUUUAUACUGAAGAUCAGAUGGCCGGAAAGAAUCACCAACAAGGAACUAUGGGAACAAACAAAGCAAGAACCAAUCGCCAACUAACAAAUAUGCAGGAGAAAGUGGAGAUGGAUCGGACAUUCGCUGAGGAGACCACUGGGUGAUAUCGCGUGUCAAGCCCUCGAGUGGAAUCCAAAAAGGAAGCGGCGAGUGGGACGUCCAAGGGUGACGUGGAGG